AUGUUCGCAAGAACUGCUCUCCGCACAAUACCCAAGCCGGCCACAUUCAGAUCGAUACGCCCCGCAUCAACGAUAUCGGCAGCACAGGUCAACGCCAUGAACCCACGUGGAGUCGAGAUCUCAAAGGCGCAGAAAGUCGCUGAAAAUGGCUUCGUUUCCGGUAUUCACUCUCUCAUUUCGGCAAUUGUCUGAACUCAGCUAAUAAUUCUGUCAGCAAUCGGAAAUACGCCCCUCAUUAAACUGCAGAAGCUGUCACGCGAGACGAAAUGCGAAAUCCUAGGCAAAGCCGAAUUCCAGAACCCAGGUGGCUCCGUCAAAGAUCGCGCGGCGCUCUUCGUUGUUGAAGAUGCUGAGAAGAAAGGCUUUUUGAAGCCUGGCGGUACUGUGGUAGAGGGAACAGCAGGCAACACAGGAAUCGGUCUUGCACAUGUGUGUAGAAGCAAGGGAUACAAAUGCGUGAUCUACAUGCCCAAUACACAGUCUCAAGGAAAGGUCGACCUGCUGAGGUUACUGGGAGCGGAAGUCUAUCCUGUCCCGGCCGUGGCUUUCGACAACCCGAUGAACUACAAUCAUCAAGCAAAGAGACACGCUGAAGGGCUGGAGAACGCAGUGUGGACAAAUCAGUUCGACAACACCGCAAACCGACAGGCACAUAUCGAGACUACAGGACCGGAAAUCUGGGCGCAAACAGAAGGCAAGAUCGAUGCUUUCACGUGCGCUUCAGGCACCGCUGGAACCAUCGCGGGUGUCACAAGGUAUUUAAAGACAGUCAGCGACGGCAAGGUCAAGUGCUACGUCGCGGAUCCACCCGGCUCAGUCAUCUACACAUACGUAUCAUCGGGUGGAAAACUCGUCGAUCGUUCAGGAUCUUCGAUCACCGAAGGCAUUGGCCAGGGAAGAAUCACAGAGAACUUGAAGCCGGAUAUCGAUCUGCUUGAUGGCGCACUCCACAUUGCAGACGAAAAGAGCAUCGAGAUGGUAUACAGGUGCCUGGACGAGGAAGGUCUCUACCUCGGCGCAUCUUCUUGCUUGAAUGUCGCUGCUGCCAGAGACCUAGCAGAGAAGCUAGGACCGGGCCACACCAUUGUCACAAUCCUGUGUGACGGCGCAUACCGAUACGCAGAACGCCUCUUCAGCCGGAAAUGGUUGGAGAGCAAGGGCCUUAUCAACGCUAUCCCAGAACACCUGCACAAGUAUAUUGUAUUAGAGUAG